CGAACAACAUGCAAAAUGCAAACAUGGCGGCUUGAAAGAGUGAUAAAACAAAAGGUUGACUGAAAAGAAUACGGUUUGGGCCUUUGAUCUACUAGUGUGUCGUAGUGAAACGAUUAUAAAUUAAAAGAAACUUUUCUCUGAACAGCGUGAUAUUUGAAAUUAGCAGCAGAAAGAAGUUAGAAAAACUAUAGGAAGCAAUAUGAUGUCAAGAGAUUUUCGACAGGCUGGGCCGGCAAUGAAUCCUUAUCAAGGAAUGGCAGGUUUGCAUAUAAAGUUUUCAUGUAACCCAAUACUUAAGGAAGAUUGAUUGUUUUCAUGUGUUUAUUUGAGAUUUUUCUGUAUUUCUAGCCAAGUUCAGACAAUCUUACCAACCUGCACCCAAUUCAAUGGUAAAGUUAUUAUUAAAAAGGGUAUUACAAAUAGGGGCCACGUCCGUAUUCAAAACGUCAAAUUGAUGUCUUUAUAUAAACCCACCCAACCUGGAAAUGUCAAGCAAGCCAUGUACCUAAUGGAAAGAUUUUUUUAAAAAUAUUCAUUUAUGCCACUGUGAAACUGAAAUUAGUGAAAACAUCAGAGAAAAAUAGUUUUGACCCACCUAUCCACCAACCCAAAACUCAAUUUGAUGUUUUUGUAUGACAACUUGAGUAUGGAUGUGGCUCAAUUUUGUUCCCAAGGUCAGAUGCUAGUGCUGUCCAAACUCUGGUGUUUCAGCUCCCGCUUAAUUACAGUUCAAAUCUCUGGCUGUGUUCAAUUCAAUUUCAAUUUAUUUUCCAAAUAUGUUACCCUGGUUCCAGGGGUUCUUGUGCCACCGUAUUAUAAAUUACGUAAUUUGUACAAAGGAACAGCGAACCUCUGGCAUGCGAUGCAAAUCCCACUUCCUUCAAAUGGUACAAAAUUUGUACCAGGCAGAUGACUGGUUAGUUAUAAUUAGCAGUCACAUGAAGUGAUGUGAUUGGCUAAACAAAAAUACUUGUUUAUAAAUCUCAGAGAACAUGAGAUAUGAACUCACUGCUUAAAAAGAUUUUCUAUGUUGGAGAAGAGCUGCCAUCGCGGCAUGACUUGAGUUGACAUGUUCACAUGGGCAUGACAUGUUCACUCUAUUAAUUUGUAAAAUAUAAAGUGUUGCUUAAUUAGUUAGUACUACGUGACAAGCAAGUAUGAUCGGUCAAGGUUGUAACUUGCAAGUUCUCUGAAGAUAUAAUGACUUAUUGCAAUUUGGCCAUUUGCAAUAGCUGGAAAUGGUUUGACACAACAGAUAUGACUUCAGAUUUUUUGUACUUUCAACAGAUUCAAUGUUGCCAUUAUUUAUAACCAAUGAUAGUUCUUCGAAAUUGUCACAAUUCCUGUCAUACUGACUUUCCAGCCAGAGCUGGAUAGAAGCACUGGAACUAUGGCUCUGGCUGACCAAAAACCACUGCAGCUAGCACAUAGGUGGCACCAUUUCAGUGAUGUUAAUCACAGCUCUCUCAAAUUAUCAAAAGCAUCAUAAACCAAUGAGGUGCAUUGUUUUGUUUCGAUCAUACAUCAGGGUUGGUAAGUUGCUGAAUAAAUAAGCCAAAUAUUAUUAUCAUAACCUUUGUUUCCUUUGCUCAAAACAAAGACAUCAAAGGGCCGUUUAUAACAAUGUUUGGCUUAUUUAUUCAGCAACCUACCAACCCUGUCAUACAUCACAACAUCAAUGAAGCAGCAUUAAAUGCAGAUAGAUUCUAUGUUUUCAAAAGUUGAUCAUUAGCUAUAAUUAAACUUUUUUUUUAAAGGGCCAGUGGGGAGGCACGGCAAGCAUGAACCAAAAUAUGUUUGGACUAACUCAACAACGAUUCCUCUCACAAAGACCUUUCCUAGUGAGUAUGGUAUUGGGAAUUUUAGUUUAGUUAGCCACUGUAGCAAUGAGAUUGGAAAAAAUGAUAUUUUAAUUCAAAUCCACUUAAAUAAUUUUGUUCAGAAAUUAUGUUCUCAUCACAGGUAUGUGUGCAACAUUUUCCAAAUAAUUCAAAUAAUAAGUUAUACAAGGGUAGAGAGAGAGAGAUGGUGCAGUUUACAGUAUAUAAAUUGCGUUAAAUCAGCAGCAGCGUUACCUUUCAUCCCCUGUGUUUUUUUACUCUGAACAUUAUGGAGCAUAUGGUGGUGCAAAAUGCAUACUAAACUUGUAACUGUAAUUAUUAUUAUUUUCUAAAUCUCAUUCUGUGUUAUAGAGUAAACCUAAAAUAACCUGAAAAAAUUAUUUUUUGUUAUAUUUUCAAAAAUACAAAUUAUCUUUGAGUACCAUGCUGCAUUAAGCCACAAUGUGACCCCAGUAUGCCCCACUACUGUACUUUGUUACAUAUUUUACUGUUAUUUUGUCUCAUACCAGACGAUCAAGGUUUUGCACCUUAAGAGGUUAAAAAACUCACAGUAUAUUGUUAACUCAUUGUGCCAGAAUGAAUGUGCCGUACUUUGUGUUUACUCUGUUUGUUGCAUACAAUUUUGUUCAUGAAGAAGAGGGAAUUAAAUGGGUUAAUGAUCAGGAACGGACUGUCCCAGCAGGCCUUAAAAUAUCUUUUACAGGGCCGUCUGACAAAAUGUCCGGUGACGUUGAGUUUGGGUCGGACAUAUGUCCGAUGACCUUCAGUUCAGUUUUGACUCGGAAAUAAGUCUGAAUGACACAAAUGAAUAAACGGUAAAUGUUGUAAAGAUAUUAAAUAAUUUGUUUCUUUCAUACUGUUAAAACAACAUUUCCAGUUCACCUUUUAUACAAUAGUACUCUGAUUUUCCAUUUAACAUACAAGCCUCUAGUCCUGGGCUAGGGUACAUUUUGAUUUACGUCGGACAAAGCUACAGUUCGGUCGGACACCAAUACACUCAGGUCGGACAAACAAUAAACCUCAGUUUCACUUUGGUCGGACAGAAUGUCCGGUGGUUUUCCUCUCUACGUCGGACAAUUUCACGAAUGGGUCGGACAAUGUCCGUGACCGACCGAUAUUUUAAGGCCUGCCCAGCAUACUGUAGGUAGUGACAAUAACACCAGAAACCUGUGGAUUGAGAGGGACUACAGUAGUACCUGUAUGUACAAGUUAGCUAAUACUGCCUCUAUGGACACUGUCCUCCUUUACUAUACAGUAUUCAUUAUAUUUAGCCAAUUAACUGCAUCAGCCUUGAGUUAAUAAGUUGAUGAACAUUUUAACUGUUUUUUAGCCUACUGACUUUCAAAAUACACCAGCACCCAAAGCACCUGACAAGCCUCUGAUGCCUUACAUGAGAUUCAGUAGAAAGGUAGGUUUAACUUGUUACACUUAAAUUUCAAAAUGAAAAUGCAGUUAUUUUACUACAAAGGGAGGUUGGAUGCAGUUAGGACAAUGCCUCUUACCACUGAGUUAUAAGCUUGAGUAGGUUGAGCUCUUGGUUUGUAACUUCUCUCUAUGUACUUAAAAACAUAUAUACUGUACUGCCAGUAAAGAUUGAUUGGUUCUCAACUGUAUCAUGAGAACCAGGAUCAGGUCUUUAAAACCAGCACUUGUGGUGUCGUGGUCACCACGCUUGCCUUCCAAGCUGGGAGAACCGGGUUCAAUACUUGGUUGGACCUCUACUCAAGGUCUUAGAAUAAUUGAGGAGAAAGUGCUACCUUUACAUUGAGAUCAGUAAAGGGUUAGAUAUUUUCAUCCUCUCUGAUAAAGACGUGAAAUUGUAGGUACCUUAGAUCCCUUAUCAAUUGAGCAAUAGCUUGUUGGGAACUCUGCUCACAAUGAGUGAGAAACUCGAUAAACUAAGGGGAAUUGGGCAACCACAACCAAUGUAAUCAACAUUAAGUAAUGAUCAAAUCAUGCACAGGUUUGGGAACAGGUCAAGAACCAGAACCCUGAAGGCAAGUUGUGGGACAUUGGUAAAAUUAUUGGUCAAAUGUGGCGGGACCUUCCAGAUGAGGAACGGCAGGUGUGUAUACGUUAGUACAGUAUGUACAGUUUUACAAUCAAUUACACAUGUGAUCUUUUUUCUUGCCUUUUUUGUAAAGUAAAUCUCCACUGUUAAAAAACCACCUUGUUUAUACAGGUAUGUCCUUGCAAAACACCAACCAGUUGGUGACCUGUAGUUAGGCCAUUUACACAGUCACAUGUUUACUGUAUGCCCUGUUCUUGAUUGGGAUUCAACUUUAUGUAAGGCCCGUUUACACUGUACUGCGAUUUUCUGCUUCUGAUGGAUGUGAACGUGUGGAUGAGGUAUGAAUGUUCAUAUAAGGGUACAUCAGUUGGACGUAUACUCAGAACAUUCAUAAUUCAUCUACUCAUUCACAUGCAUCAGAAGAAGAAAAUUGCGCUAGAAAAUUGCAAAUGUAAACGGGGCUGCAGUGUCAAUCAUUGUACUGUAAUCAAUUGUACUCACUAUCUAAUAAAUUCAGUACCUAAACUCUGUAGACCCACUACUAGACUGGUAUAUAUAUAUUAAUAUUUAUCCUACCUCAUGUUUUAUGCAUACAGUAUGGUAGUGGUCAUGUACAGUACUUCAGUAGCAGUCUACCCAAAGCUCUUAUAUAUAUAAUUGUUUUAUCAUUAUAUGAUAAUUGAUAAACCUUGCUGCAGUGCAAUAGAUGGAUAAACCAGUUUCUGUUCAAUUUUAAUAGGUCUUUUUUGAUGAAUACGAGCUUGACAAGGUUAGAAGAACAUUUAAGUAAACUCAUUAAGCUGCAAUGUGCUUCAAUGUGCCCACUUUGUUUUACUUCAAUGUGCCUAAUAAAAGUUUGUUUUGUUUGACAGCUAGGCAUUCAUUCAUCUUUUUAUAUAUCUUACUCAGGUCCAAUACAAUGAAGCAAUGAAAGCUUAUCACAAUUCUCAAGAGUAUCAAGCAUGGAUUGCUGCCAAGGGAAGAGGUAUGUGCAGUACAAUGUAUAAAGCCAGUUUUCCACUUCAAGCCUACCGCACCGAAACGUAUCAAAAACAUUUUUAAAUUUCAAAAUUUACUGAAUAUUGAUUGGUUGAUACUUCCGUAGUACGCCAAAAAGCUGACUUGCGACAACUUUUCAUUUUGAUACGCGAAUACACCCGGAAGUACGUGGAUUAGCCAUUCCGAAGUUGAUGACAGGACUGGGGACGAGUGUUAAAAAGUGCCCAAACUAAGAAAUCAACCAAAUCACUAAAAAGACCACCUCAAAAUUAGUAAGUAUACAAAGUUUGAAGACGUUUACGUGAAUACACUUCGAAUAAUAAGCUUUCGAAAAUCGCGAUAUUUACCAUGAAAUGUACUGUAAUUUUUGUUUUGCAAAAACAAUCUUUUAAACUUAUUAUAAGCUCGAAGGGUAUUCAUGUAAACGUCUUCAAACUUUGUAUACUUACCAAUUUUGAGGUGGUCUUUUUAGUGAUUUGGUUCAUUUCUUAAUUUGGGCACUUUUUAACACUCAUCCCCAGUCCACUCAUCAACUUCGGAAUGGCUAAUUUAUCAACCUCAUUUCAAUCUACGCAUGCUCACCAGUACGUUUCGGUACUGUACUGUUGAAGUGGACAACUGGCUUAAUGUAGCUGGACAGGUACUGUAAGUAAAAAAAGAGGUUAUUCUCUCGUCGUUCUCUCCUACAUCAACAAAUUUCAUCAAACGUCCACCACAACGCCCUGCAUAGGCGUAAAGGAGGAACAAAUUAGGGGGCGGCCGAAAAUUUGCGUGACGUUCGUGAAAUUGCCCGAACCAAACAAAUUCUUCUUUGUAUAUUUCCCAAAAUUCCUUUCGGGGAAAGAGCCAAAAUUUUCGAAGUGCACAUUAAGUUAUUCUGAAAACGUAGCACAUCUCUUUCCAUUUCCACCAAUUUAAUGCAUUAAUCUGCUUUAUUUUUGUUUCGAAAGCCCAGCAAGCUUUACAAGAACAACAAGCACGUGCUAGAGGACUUGAUCUUGCUUCAUUUGAUGUAAGUAUUAUAUAUUUAAUAAUAAAGAUAAAAAUACUAAAUAUUCUCAAACAGCAGUGCAAAAUUCUGUAACAACAGUGCAAAAAUCUGUAACAAACUGAUCUGAUUGGUGGAAAAAUGCAAAGCCUCAAGUAAAGGCGGAUUUCCAGUCCUCGCACGAAGCUCCUCGCAGCUCGCUGCGAGUGUUUGCAUCUAAUUAAAAUUAACUCUUAAGCAUUGUGAUUGAAUGAAAGUGCUCAUGCAUGCACUCGUAGCGAGGAGCUUCAUGCGAGGACUGGAAUUGCGCCCUAACGGUCGCAGUUUGCUUCAAAACAAAACAAACAUGGUGACCGCGCUACAUAAAAUAAAAGUUGAGUUCGGAUGGAAAAUAUGACUUUUGUCGUUUUUUAAAAAAACUUUAAAAGACUUUACUUUAAACAAGACUGACAAAUUUGGAUAAAACAAGCACUCGUGAGUUUUUCAAAGUCCUCAAAUCGCAGUCAUCCUUCGGAGUCGUACUAUUUUGAUGCUCUUUGAAAAACUCACUCGUGCAUGUUUUAUCCAAAUUGCACUGGAAACCAUGCUAUUACCUAUACUAAUAAUCGCAGUCAUCCUUCGGAGUCGUACUAUUUUGAUGCUCUUUGAAAAACUUACUCGUGCAUGUUUUAUCCAAAUUGCACUGGAAACCAUGCUAUUACCUAUACUAAUAAUCGCAGUCAUCCUUCGGAGUCGUACUAUUUUGAUGCUCUUUGAAAAACUCACUCGUGCAUGUUUUAUCCAAAUUGCACUGGAAACCAUGCUAUUACCUAUACUAAUAAUCGCAGUCAUCCUUCGGAGUCGUACUAUUUUGAUGCUCUUUGAAAAACUCACUCGUGCAUGUUUUAUCCAAAUUGCACUGGAAACCAUGCUAUUACCUAUACUAAUAAUCGCAGUCAUCCUUCGGAGUCGUACUAUUUUGAUGCUCUUUGAAAAACUCACUCGUGCAUGUUUUAUCCAAAUUGCACUGGAAACCAUGCUAUUACCUAUACUAAUAAUCGCAGUCAUCCUUCGGAGUCGUACUAUUUUGAUGCUCUUUGAAAAACUUACUCGUGCAUGUUUUAUCCAAAUUGCACUGGAAACCAUGCUAUUACCUAUACUAAUAAUCGCAGUCAUCCUUCGGAGUCGUACUAUUUUGAUGCUCUUUGAAAAACUCACUCGUGCAUGUUUUAUCCAAAUUGCACUGGAAACCAUGCUAUUACCUAUACUAAUAAUCGCAGUCAUCCUUCGGAGUCGUACUAUUUUGAUGCUCUUUGAAAAACUUACUCGUGCAUGUUUUAUCCAAAUUGCACUGGAAACCAUGCUAUUACCUAUACUAAUAAUCGCAGUCAUCCUUCGGAGUCGUACUAUUUUGAUGCUCUUUGAAAAACUCACUCGUGCAUGUUUUAUCCAAAUUGCACUGGAAACCAUGCUAUUACCUAUACUAAUAAGUCAAUGCUGUGGAAAUAUUGAAAUCAGUAUACCAAAUCUAUCUAUUUUAGAUGCAUGACGCAAGAUUUAGUCUGGAACCAAUCAUAGAUGAUGGUAAUUAAUGUUAACAAUGGCGUUAUAAUCGAUGCAUUAGAAUCAAAUGACUAUUAUGUAGCUAGUGUACGCUCAGUAUACUUUAAAAAUGGAAACAAGCAAAACAUUUUCUGUUGCAUUUUUUGAAAAACUGGGCGUGACUGUUACAGUAUGUGUAGUUUUCACACAAUCACGAGUCGUGACAUAAUUCGUGAACCUCCGCCUUCGUAAGCACAGUUUAUGGUAACAUGGUAAUAAGCAAUGCUAUGUUUUUGCUUUCACGACUUGUGAUGGUUCGUAUAUCUUCGCACUGGCAACAGCAUUGGCAGUAGCAUAACUGAAAUGUUUGGGUGAUCGUGACAGCUAGCUUCUAGAAGAUAAACCCCUCCCGCCGCCUCUUUGCCUGAGCUUUGCGUCCAUGAUACCCAGGACUAGAGGGAGCUUUUCACUUUAAACCUGGUGUUCUUAGCCCAACGUUACUCCACUGCGUAUUAGAUAUGUACUGUACUGUAUGUGUUUGCCUACUUUCAGAUGAAGAAGAUCGAUUCUCAGUUAAACAUGUAGCAGCAAGUCGUUUUCAUCGAAAUCAAAAACUCAUGGCGGAUAUAUUUAGUGAUAUAGUUGUUCCUGAUCUACGCACUGGUUAGUACAGUACUAAAUAAUUCAGGAGCUCGUUCGAAAGCCGGUUAGCUUGGUCAUGGGUUUACGAAACAUGGAGCUAUUUUCCCGAAAUCUUUCCUGCAUCAACUGAAGUCACAUUAAACAAACGUGAAAAUCUACCCAAACCAAAGCAACAGGUUAAAUUUUAACCUGGUUUUUCAAAGCUGAUUUAGGACUAACCCUAUAGCCCCAGGGAUGUAUCCAGCCAGAUAUGGUGGGGUGGUGCUUAUCGAGACUAUGCAUAGUAGACCAUACUGGAGCCUACGCACAGUAGCGUCCUGAAAACGAGCUAAAUACAACCUCGUUCUCAGGCUCUCUCGUGUACGUACGAGGUUGAGAUAAAAACUGCUCCUGGCAGGGUCUAGUGGUACUGGAAGGAUGGCAGAAUAUUGCCUUUCCAAAUAAAAUGGAUUUGAAGGAAAUUGGCACUUUUACCCUCACUCCCCACCCCCACACACACACACACACACACACAUACACACAGUAAAUACGUCCCUGAAAAAUCAAUUUUCCUACAAACUUGGUAAAUAAAUAAUGGUGAAUUUCUCACCAAUUUUGUUCUACAAUGGAGUCAUGAAGUUCCAAUAAGCCUUGUACAGUAGUUUCAUUUGUUUAAUAGUAGGGAGUUUACGAUCUACGACGCGGCCGGCUCGACGACGCGCUUUCAAAACAAAGAAAUUUGGUGUUUCCACAAACAAUAUAGUAUUAUGUGUUUUAUCGCCAUCCAAACUUACAAAGAAAUUUGUCAUGCAAGACAAAAACUAUCAAUAAUUUGUGGUCCCAUGAGUAUUGUCAACUGCGUUGUCAUUCUCAGCACAACGUUAAAAAAGCAUUAUUACGUCUUUCAGGCAACGCGAAAGCUUAAUGCGACACAAGAGGUGUUACUAAAAGUCGAAAUUACAGCAAACAUUGCAUCGCUUUAGCCGAACGUAGCAUUUUGUAAGGUUAUUUGAAAGAGUCAAAUAUUUAUUACAGUAAUCGAAUUGCUUAGCGCUCAUUCUUGAGCUAAAAUUUAGACCGCGUCGUUGAGCCGGCCGCGUCGCAGAUCGUAAACUCCCUAAUGUUGACAAAAUGAAUGCUUCUAUUUAUUAGUUGUGACAACCUCUCGUAUUCACAUGUUAAGAAAACAAGUCAAAUCACUUGGUGAACAUCAGGUAAAUAAAUAUUUCUUUAAAUUAGAUGCAGUAUAAAAUACAGAAUAAUAUAAUCUAAUAGACGAAAACCAUAUCCCAAUUAAAAGGAUAUGGUCAAAUCAAUUAUGGUCAAACCAGAAUUCCUCUCUAUUAAACAUAACAAUAGAGCUGUGCAAACUCCGGUUAUUUUAGGUCCGGCUCCGGCAGUCAAAACUCCGGCUCCGCAAGGAAAUUUUAAGGAAAUUUCAUAUUUAAAAGUAGAAACAGGCGAACGUAUUUCAGUGUAAUUUCAGAAUUUAUUUUAUUCCUUUUUGAGCUUUCUCCUUUAUCAGAUAUACGUGCUUCGGUGCUUGUUUAAACAAUGUUUUGUAGACAGUAAAACCGCAUGGCAGCGUGGUAUUUUCUCCCAAAAUACAUCGGGGUCAGCGGAUUUUAUCAAAAGCGAUAGCAAUGCGCUUGCAGAAUUUUCGAAGCCACGAAUCGGAUCGGAGCAAGUAAUUAAACUUUAUAGUAACUUCAAAUCAUUAAACUUAAUUUUUCCAUUACCAAAAGUUCAUUGAAAUAAUUUUUCAUAAUUUCGUCUGCCAAAGUUUUUGCUGGAGUUUCCCGGCUCCGGCAAAAUAUGCCGGAGCUCCGGCGCACGGCUCUACCCUGCAAGUGCUCUACUAAAUUCAUUGAAAUAUUUCAUUAUUAGUGUUGGAGCGUAAGUGCAAAAGUUGAAGAGUUUUGGCCUUUGUUAACUCUGCAAACUGCUGGAAAGUGCUGUUUGAGAAGCGAGAAGCGUAAAACUGACGCGCACUGUAUCUAAGAAUGAACGCUCCUUUCUAAUAGACGGCCAAUAUCUAACAAACGCUCCCCUUAAAGUACGAAAAAAGUGAAUAUGUCUGGUUUCUUUGAACUAGAAAAAAUUGGAAUCAGAACUCCAACAAAUUGAGGAAAAUUUUCAAGUAAAGAAACGAAAGUUUGUUGAAAGCAGUGAAUCAUUUAGAGAAGCGAUAAAAAAGGUACUGUGUUCAACGUCAUGUUUAUUUCUUUAUUUCAAAGUUUGCAAAUUUUUCAUAAUGUUAAUAUUUUAAUUGUACAACGAUGAUGAGCUGUCCGUCAUUCAUUUUUCACCUCACAAACCAUGGUUAUGGUGACGUCGAAAGCAGGAUUAGUCAUACUGACCAUAUUGUUUUAAAAUAUAUACACACGUAAAAACGCACAAGUUGUUACAAGUCUCCAAAUAGUUGUUACAAAUAUGUUCACAAGCUGCCGACAAGUUGUGUUCGCACUGCUUGUUCCCAGUUGUUGUAACAAGUUUGGAACAAGCUGUUAACAACUUGUAGCAAGCUUGAUGGCAUUAUCAGACUUGUUACAAGGUUGUUCUAACAAGUCUGAUGCGGUCAUGAUAUAACAAGAAUGUUACAAGAAUGACAACACAAGGUUGUAAGAGUAUUGUUACAGUACGUACCAUGACUGUAUCGGACUUGUUAGAACAACCUUGCAACAAGUAAGGCAUUAUCAAAUGCCAUCAAACUUGUUACAAGUUGUUAGCAGCUUGUUCUAAACUUGUUGAUAACAUGCGACAAGCAUUGCGAACACAACUUGUUGACGGGACCCGUUGGCAGACUUGCUACAAGAUGUGAGAUUUUUGCGAGUGUAGGUGACCAAAUAACAAUAUAAAGAUAUUCAAUAUGUUGUCAAUCAGUGACAUAUACACGCGUAAAAACGCUCAGGUUGAUGCAAUAUUGAUGAAAACAGGAUUGAACAAUGUUUUGCUGCCCACAUUGUUCACAGUUGUCAACAAUAUUGAACAAUAUUGUUACACCCGAUUCAGGCUCAGCAAUAUUGUUCAUUAUUAUAUGGACAAGGGUGUUUUACUGGAAACUAAAACACUCGUAGAACUCAAACAGAACAUUAAACGGUUGCGAGAAGAUAUGGAUUUAUGUUCUCGUGUCAAAAACAAUAUCUCACUCGUUCGCUGCGCUCACUCGUGAGAUAUUGUUUUUGCCACUCGAACAUAAAAUCCAUAUCUCUUCGCAACCGUCUAAUAUCCUCUAUAUACUGUAUUAUUGACAAGUGUGAACAACGUGGGCAGCAAAACAUUGUUUAGUCCUGUUGAGCAGCGGGCUCGGCGUUUUUUGCCGUGUAGUUGACGUAGUAGUAUGUUUUGGGUUCAUAUUGGUCAGUGGAUGCCAGGAUAAAUAUUCAGCUGAACCUUGCUUGUGACGUCAAACAAGGAUAGGGCUGCUCCCAAUGGACCUUUAACCUUAUAACUAAAAUUUUGAUCUAGACAAAAAUUUCAUCACAGCUUGAAAGAGCAUCACAAAAUUAGUAAUAUUCAAAGUUUCGUUGCGAAAUGUUGUAAAAUGUGGAUAAUAUAGCCUUGCGAAGUUUGCAAUUUUCAGUUAUUUUAGAUUACAAACGGGUAUCGGUUAUUUUAGAUUACAAACGGGUAUGUUUGGGUAUCAAUUUCCCGUUUGUAAUCUAAAAUGACUGAAAAUUGCAAACUUCGCAAGGCUAUAUUAUCCGCAUUUUACAACAUUUCGCAACGAAACUUCGGAAUAUUACUAAUUUUGUGAUGCUCUUUCAAGCUGUGAUGAAAUUUUUGUCUUGAUCAAAAUUUUAGUUAUAAGGUUAAAGGUCCAUUAAUCGAUUAUUUUUCGAGGGUUUUCCGCAAUUGAUUAUACUUAAAUCUUAAUAGUAAUCGGAAUAACAAACCACUCUCCACAGCAUGAUAGAUUUAUUGCCAUAUCCCUGUAAAUUCUGAUUGAUUCCUAUUUCCUAACCACAUGUGCCUUUCUGUUUCCAUAUAAUAAAACUUACUGUUCUUUUACAGUCGCCAAGAACUGUUGAGGUGAAAGAGGCUGAAACAUCAAGUUAGCAUGUAAAUGAAGUGAACAAACCUACAUUCCUACUUUAUACGGAUCAUGAUACCUAUUAUAGGUUGUAGUCAGGCUGCCCUGGUAGUAGUUGACUAGUUGUAAAUGCUCUUAUUGUAGUUUGGUAAUAUAAUGUCUUUUUCCCCAGUCCUCCCUGGGGAAAAAGACAUUACUCAGUCACAUUCCAGUCACCUCUUAUUCUCUUAGGGUAAAUAUGUGGAUGAAUAAGAAAUGUCUUUUUACCUACCUCCUCGCACGUUGUUGCCUAAUGAGAAGGAAGGCCUGUGGAAGGCCUGGCCUGAUUGCCGUUAUGGAGGACUGGAAAUGGGGAAAAUUGCAUUAGAAAAUAGUUUGUUGCAUCCUCGUUCCUAGGGCCUUUCGACUGCCCCUGGGAACGAGGAUGUGUUUAUUGUGACAUGUACUGUAUGAUUAAAGUAAUUCAGUACUAAUGUUAUCUUGAACAUUGGAGUCUUACCUUGCUCAUUUUCGCUCAAAAACAAACUUUGGACUGAAUUUCUCACUCCUCGAAACUCUCCCUGGUACUUUUUGAAGUAUAUAUUUGUAUUUUUCUCACAUGGUUUCCGCGCUCACCUUGAAAUCUGGCUUGAUCAAUCAUAGGGUUUGAGUUCCUGUAGAGUUACAUGCAGUAUAGCUGAUAUUAUUGACUCGAUACUGCGUUUGGAUUGAAAAAGAGAAAAAAUGGUGAAACAUUUUUACGGUCCCCCCCCCCUCCCCCACCCUUCCAAAUCAAAAUUUGCCCCAUGUUUGACUGGCAUCAAUCAAGCAGAACGCAUCUCAUUGGAUGUGCAUGAAAACACACCAAUAUAUAUUAAAUAUAAUAAUAUCAUAUUUAACAGUGUUAUUUCGUGCCCAAACUGUAUUAUCUUUAAAUAACUGUAUUAACUUUAAUUAACGAGAUUAAAAAUGUUAACUACAGUCUAU